AAGAUAUCAUCAUUUUUUUAUGACUUCGAAAUCUUGACCGACAUCCUCGCCGCCGCCAACUUCACGAAUUGACCAUUACACACCCGAUCAAUUCGAAUAAUUAUGGCUGACGCACCCAGAGGCGGAGCUGCUGCUCGCGGAGGUGGAUUUGGAUCCCGAGGCGAUCGUGGAGGAGAUCGUGGACGUGGACGUGGAAGACGUGGACCUCGUCGUGGUGCCAACAAGAACGAGGAGAAGGAAUGGCAACCAGUCACCAAGCUCGGCCGUCUUGUAAAGGAUGGAAAGAUUAAGUCGAUGGAAGAGAUCUACUUGCACUCUCUGCCCAUCAAGGAGUACCAAAUCGUGGACUUCUUCCUCCCAAAGCUCAAGGAUGAGGUUAUGAAGAUCAAGCCUGUCCAGAAGCAAACUCGUGCCGGUCAACGUACUCGAUUCAAGGCUAUCGUCGUUAUCGGUGAUUCUGAGGGACACGUUGGUCUCGGUAUCAAGACCUCCAAGGAAGUCGCAACUGCUAUCCGUGCCGCCAUCAUCAUCGCAAAGCUGAGCGUUCUGCCAAUCCGAAGAGGUUACUGGGGUACAAACUUGGGUCUUCCUCACUCCCUGCCAACCAAGGAAAGCGGCAAGUGUGGUUCAGUCUCUGUUCGUCUCAUUCCUGCUCCUCGUGGUACUGGUCUCGUCGCCUCCCCAGCCGUCAAGCGUCUUCUCCAACUUGCCGGUGUCGACGACAUCUACACCUCGUCUUCCGGUUCCACCAAGACACUCGAGAACACACUCAAAGCUACCUUCGUGGCUGUCGGCAACACAUACGGAUACUUGACCCCCAACCUGUGGAAGGAGACCAAGCUUAUCCGAAGUCCUUUGGAGGAGUUUGGUGAUGUUCUCCGCGCUGGCAAGAAAUACUAGAUGGUGGGAUCUGUAUUCGGCUUGGGUCGAAUGAUCUUUUAUUUGCG